AUGAUUACCGGUGGGACGUCCGGCAUCGGCUUCGCUAUUGCCGAACGAUUUCUUCAAGAAGGCGCAUCGACUAUAGUCCUCGUCGGCCGAUCUCAAAAGCGCCUAGAGGAAGCAGCGGCAAAACUUGGGUCCAUCACAGUGACAGAAUCAGACUUUACUGAAAGCAGCGACUAUAUUGCAACUCGUGUCCCAGAAGGAAACAACCAGCAAAGCACGCAAGGAAAGAUCCGUCUACUUGUCGGAGACGUUUCAGAUGCCGGGUCAUGGAUGCGAGAGCUCGAAAAAGAAAUGGCAAAUGUGGACAUCCUAGUCAACGCAGCAGGAAUUUCGGUAUCAAAUAUUCUGCCAAGGUCUGAGCUGGAAGAUAUCUCCACAACUUUACGGACUAAUCUUGAGGGUGCAAUUCUCACUUCCCGCGCGUUAAUGCGUGCCUCUAUCCGGAGCCGGAUACGGAAUCGGAGUGAUUCAGCUGCGGGAAUCAAAGUCCUGUCAAAAUGCAUUAUCAACGUUUCUUCUUUACUUGCACUCAAGGGCGGAACUGGCGCAGUUCCAUACGCUGCUUCCAAGGCUGGCCUUCUCGGUCUAACACGGUCAUUGGCCGUUGAGGCCUCGGCCUCUAGGAAAGAUAUUGUCAUUCGGUCAAAUGCUAUUGUGCCAGGGUACAUUGAAACACCCAUGGUUGCAGACUUUACCACGGGGGAAACGAGCAGGCUGAAAGAUCUCAUUCCUCUUCAUCGAUUUGGAGAUCCACGCGAGAUUGCUGAUGCGGCUGUGUUCUUAGCGCAGAAUGAAUAUGCCAACAACUGUGUGCUUAACCUCGAUGGAGGAUUAAGUGCCGUUUGA